GUUUGACCAGGUCUGAACACGGAACCAGGAGCACAGUUUAGUCCAAGGAUUGUUCCUUUCUGGCCUCAGCACACUCGGAUAAUUUUGGAUUAGUUAAAAAGGAGUGCGCUAAAGCAGUGGAAAACAACCGGGUUUGUGAAUUCCGGGAGGAUUUACUGUGGGAUUAAUACGUCGUGGAGCAGCUUCAUUCACGUUAUUAGUGCUGCUGUAGAAGAGUGGAUUUAGGUGCUCAAGAGUCCGAAAUAUUUGUGAGAGAGCAAGUUUCGCGAUAUAUGUUAGAGGGUUCACUGAUAUCUGGCAGCACCAUUCAUCUAGUUUUUCGGCUUCUUAGUCAGUCUUAUGCAGUGACGAAUAAGUUAAACUAUCAUCUCAAAACUGAAGUAUACUUAAUGCAUAGAGAAUCAUCAACUUAUUCUUAAAUUCAGUAUACCGAACAAUUUGCAUGCAUUUGACAACAUUCUUAAUUGAAUGCAUUUUGAUUUUGAUGUAACCGCGCAUUUUUAUUGCUCGUUGUAUUUUUUAAUGCAACAUAACAUUGCAGAUACAAAUCUAAUGUUGUGGUUUUGCCACCAAUAUACAGCGUUCAGCUGUGCGUGCACUGCACGGCACUCAGUAGACAUUAAUGUUGUACGCCGACCUUAAAAGUAGUUUUAACAAGAGGAGAAUCGAACAUAAAUAAAAAAAACACAUCUAGAUUUUUAAAGUGUCGUAUGUUCAGGACGAAACGCUCAGGUCUUGUGCGGCGACUCUGGAGAAGCCGUUUGAAUCCAGAUAAAGAGGGGGGCGAUGGAAAUGGCAAAACUAGCGAGGGGUGUCGGGACGAUUUGUUCGGCAAUAACCCAGAGAAAAUACCCAAGACGGAGCUCAGACCGAUGACCCCAAGCAGGUCGCUUGUCGUGGACUAUGGAGGAGUGUGUGCUAGGAAUCCCGCUGAGGGCAGCGGCUCGGGGGUCACUUUGGACCAAGAUGGGGGUGCGGUGUGUGUUUUGGAUCAGGGAAGCCCUCGAUCCAUUCAGGACAGCGACUGUAGAACAGUUACUUGCUGUUUGUUUAAAGAUCGGGACCUUUCUGGAUCCAGAAGUCCAGAGGCGGCUCAGGGUAAGGAAUCGAGCUCUUGUCAGUUCGUGUUGAGAAGCCUUGGUUCUCGGGACAACAGUUCUCCAGAGUGUCAAGAGGCAAAGCCUCGCUCUUUAAUGGAGCAAGAACUCAAGACCGCCACCUACUCGCUUCUGAAAAGGCUUAAAGAGAAAACGCUGGAUACUCUUUUGGAGGCCGUGGAGUCUAAGGGAGGGAUGCCGAGCGACUGUGUUAUGGUAUCCAGGACAGAGCUUCGGCUGGGCGGACACAUGGCUUCCCCUCAGCUGCUGCUCUGCAAGCUCUACCGGUGGUCCGACCUGCAGCACACGGCACAGCUCAAACCGCUCUGUGAGUGCAAGAGCUUCGGAACACAGGACGGCCCGGCGGUAUGCUGCAACCCUUAUCACUACAGCAGGCUCUGUGGUCCAGAGUCACCGCCACCCCCAUACUCACGUCUCUCUCCAAGCGAAGAACACAAGCCACUGGAUCUGUCUGAUUCCACACUGUCUUACACUGAAACAGAGGCUGGCGGCUCACCAAAUGACACGCAUGGGGAUUUCUCAGAUGCCAGUAUGUCGCCUGACGCCCCAAAACAGAGCCACUGGUGUAACGUGGCAUACUGGGAGCACCGGACGCGAGUGGGCCGUCUGUACACGGUGUAUGAGCACUCCGUCAGCAUCUUCUACGACCUACCUCAGGGCACGGGCUUCUGCCUGGGCCAGCUCAGCCUGGAUCAGCGUAGCAGCACGGUCCAACGCACGCGCGGCAAGAUCGGAUACGGUAUCCUCCUCAGCAAAGAACCAGACGGGGUGUGGGCCUAUAACCGAAGCCAGCACCCCAUCUUCGUCAACUCGCCCACCCUGGAUGUCCCCAACAGCCGCAGCCUGGUGGUGCGGAAAGUCAUGCCCGGUUAUUCCAUCAAAGUGUUUGACUACGAGCGUUCGUCCAUGCUAAGACACGGAGGGGAACCCGAGCUGUUAGACGGGCCGUACGACCCUAACAGCGUGCGCAUCAGCUUCGCCAAGGGCUGGGGUCCGUGUUACUCGAGACAGUUCAUCACGUCCUGCCCGUGUUGGCUGGAAGUACUCCUCAACAACCACAGAUAACACAAGCAGAGACCCACCCCCUCCCCUCCACAC